UCACUUUUCAGUAAUGAUGGCGCAUCUGCGAAAGGUGUAUUUAGUGUAACAUUUUAUUUUUAUAUACGGCUGUGAAGUGAAAACAAAGUGAUAUUAAUGCCGUACCGUAGGCGUUUCUCCGCCAAGAUGCAGGAUUUCGAAGACGACGUCACCGUCGUUGACGUAUACGACUUAGCAUCGGACAUUGGCAAGGAAUGUGAGAUAAUUAUCGAGAAAUACGGCCCUGACGCCGUAACAGCGCUUCUGCCGAAGGUGAUAAACGCGCUAGAGUUGCUGGAGAAUCUGGCCGUUAGGAAUGAGAAAGAGAAUCAAGCGCUGCAGGAGCUUACAGCGAAGAUAUCGCAGCUGGAAAACGACAAGAUCGAGAAGGCGGAAUACAGACAGCGCUUCGAAAAAGAAAUAGAAGCAAUCGAAGAACAAUGGCGGACGGAGUCAGCAGAGCUGGUCACAGCGGUGGCCAGGCUUCAGGAGGAGAACAAACGCCUACGGCGGACCAUCAACGCACCCGCGGACGGCACGAGCGCGCCGCCGUCUCCUGCUAGGGAACACGACCAGGAGGUGCUAUCACGGCUGAGCAGCACAGCGGAGAAGCAGCGCGCCACGCUGCGCCUGCAAGAGGUGCAGCUGCAAGAGAAGCAACAGCAGAUUGACAGCUUGACGAAUCAGGUGGAAAAGUUGGCGCAAGUGAGCCGAGACCUCAGGCGGAAGCACAAGCAGCUGCAAAAUCAGAUGCGCUUAAUAUGCGAAGAGAGGUCUGAGCUGACGGCCAUCGUACAGUCGCAGCAACGGGACAUCACCGCGCUGCAGCAGGCCGACGCACAGAACAAGAAGUGCGCAUCAUGCGGCGCGGCGUCCCCCGAGGGGCUGGACGACGAGGAGCAGUCGAGCCGGCCCACGUUCAGCGUGCGCGAGCUGCGCGCCAUACUGCACGAGCGGAACGAGCUGAAGCUCAAGUUGAACCGCGCCGAGGAGCAGCUGCAGGCGUUGCAGGUCGAGCCACAGCCGGACAGCAGUUCGGACACGUCGCCGUCAGUGAGUACGAAGGCGGUUGAGGACGACGAACCGCCGGUCCAGGGACCACUCCCGGCAGAACCGGACGACGCGCCGUGGAAACGUAACAGCGGAAUCAGGAAGUUGUUCCUGCUGGCGCUGUCGUCCCGCGAGGCGUCGCGCCGCUCGCCGCCGCCGCGGAUCUCUUUCGGCCCUUGGUACUGAUGAGGAUGCAGGUAUUGAAGGCGCUCGGUAUGUACGUCCCCUACAGGGCUGGGUUGAUUGAGGGCCACGUUUAACCCCCUACUGGGUUGUGGCCGGCUGUUAAGGGAGGAUUUUUUUAAAAUUAAAUGUUUGGCUUGUUUAGCUGAGGUAAUUGUAUUUUUUUUUUGAUUCUGGAUAAUCUGUGGGAGGGAUACUUAAUGCUAAAACAUAUCCAUUCGCGUCAUGCUAGUGAAUAUUCAAUAUGGCUACCGACCAUAAAACAAAAUGUCUAUAACUUGUCGAGCUGCAUCAUUCAAAUAACCAGAUUCCGUCUGCGAUAACAACUAACCUCCAUCACUUUUGACCCUGGCCGUUUUAGGGUAGAGCGAGAUUGCUUUUCAGAUCGUUUUGGUGUAUUUUUUUUUUAUAUA